AUGUCAGAAGGAGAAUCUUCUCAAUUAAGUACAGUUUUAGGAAGGAUAGAGACUUUCCUAAUUAGCAAAGAGGAGGGAGACUUUUCAGUUCCUAACUUAAUAUCAACCUCUUUGGGAUAUUCCAAACCUAUAUACAACCGUACUGUAGAAAUACUUGGGAACGGAAAGAAUGCAAUUAUGGAGAAUGUUGAAUGGGUACCAUAUCAUCGUUCAUAUAUAACAACUGAAGAAGCUGUAGAUAUAGCCUCUUCAACUAUCGAGGAAGUUGGCAAUAAUGAAAGUAACUUUACAGAGAAAUAUAAGGAAAAAUUAAAAGCAAAUAGAGUGAUAUUCUCAUAUCCUAGACUUAAAAAGGGUUCAAUUUCAACUUUUUUUACCUAUGCUACUAAUAAAAUACGAGAACUUCCUAUUUUAUCACAUAUCUUCAAUCUAACAACAUGGGGUCUUGAAAGUAUCAAAAAUAUAGAACCAACUAUUGUAGAGCGAAGUACUGAAGCCUACAAUUACACUCGUAAAUUAUGGAUUGAUUUAAGACUAUAUGCAGAUCAACUUAUUUUGUAUAUACGUGAAUAUGGAUUAUUCUUCAUUGAUAAGUGUGGAUCUAUAGUUGUCGGUAUUAAAAGUGAUCCUUUUGGAUAUCCAAAGAAGGUUUUAGGUUCCAUAUUAAAUAUGGCUAAAUAUGGUACUGACAAAAUCUUUGGAUGUGAAAAAAGGGAAUUUCUUACAAGUAAGGUACAAUCCGGUAUAGAUUUAUUGAAGAAUUUCGGAACUUCAUAUUGGGGUAAAAUUACCUCCAAAACCCAAUAA